AUGCAGUCGCUGAAAGACCAUGAAUACGAUUACAACGAGAUUGACAAUAUUCUCAACCAAUACCUAAAUAGAUACGGCAUCUCCUACACUGGAUCCGUAGCGGCAGAUGAACAGUCUCAGACCCGUAAGGAUGUAUUAACAGCAACUCCAGUGAGUUCGGCCCUUCGACCGAGUCAACUAGGGCCAGCUCGUGAGAAUGAUGCUACUACAUUGCAUGACACACCACGGACUGUGGGGUAUGAAGCUAAACAAGAAGGCUCCUUGAUGAUGACGCAGAACGAUGGUGACGACCCAGUGCAACUUGAUUUGGUAGACUUGGAGGACCAGUCACAUGUCAACGAAUCUAGGACGGUUCCCAACGUGGAACGCAACGAACGAAAGAUAGUCGCACACGAGCCAUCCAUCUCCACACUUACCAGAGAUAUUAAUGCAUUGGAACAACGGGUUCUUGGUAACCAGAGGCCCAACGUUCAUUUGGCUAACCUAGAAGAUGACAAGAGCAGGGCAGAGACAGCCAUCCAGCUCGAUGACCUGGACGAUGUACUAACUUUGAGUGAAAACAUGAGCGAAUCUCUUAGUCAGCACACACGUGCCCUUGCACGACUUCAGUCUAAUCUUAGAAACUACAGUAGACAUACGAAUUCCGCAAACAUUUUAUCUAAUACUCGGAAAUAUUCAGGAUACAAACAUGCACUUGCCCAGCAGUACUACACUAAGGGGAAGCGUCCACCAUCAUGUCAGCGGACAAAUAGAAGUGGGCCAUCGACCUCACACAGAAUGUCCUCCUCACUUCCUGACAUGUCUCUGCAAACACCAAAGACUCUGACGAAGAGUACUAACAGCAAUCCCAUUUACACAUCAAGAUCCGAGAGUCAGCGGAGGUCACAGUCCCAAACACAAUACUCGCGCAGCGUGCUGGACGACAGCCUGCUGGACUACCCGUUCGACACCAGCAACAAGCUUGUCGGGGCGAGCAGGGCUCUCGACGCCGACGCCGCCUCGACGGUCGUCGUCAACGGGAAGCUGACGUCCAUCGAGGCCAGAACCCUGUUGGGGCGGGUGCACACCAUGGAGCUUCUGCUCGACCAGUCGGCCCAGACGAUCGGGGAGCUGCGCCGCGAAAACGCCAGGCUGCAGCGGGUCAUCCUGUCCAAGGACGCAUCGACGCAGAAGAUCUUGACCCUCGAAGCAGAGGUCCUCGCCCUACGCAAGAGCCUCAAGCAGUCCGAGGAAUCCCGACGGCGACAGGCCACCCUCAUCGAAAGACUCAAGGCAGAUUCUGGCGUAUGA